GUGCAACGUCACCUCCUGAAGAAACAGACAUAAGCAGAGAACAAGACAUGGAAUAAACUGGGUCUGCCUCCAUCAAGGCAUUUUAUGUAAAGAUGGAGUUGAUACGUGGCAAGACCUUUAUAAAAAGCUAUGCACAAAAUCCUACUGAAAAUGUAUCCUCUUGUGGAGUUAAAGUAAAAAAGAAUGUUGAUUCCAAGAGACAUUUCAAUGAAUGUACUUUAAAAAGAAAUGACUCAAAUGCACAAGGAAUAUCCAGUAGAGCAGGUGUGAAUGAAGAAAGGGACAGUUGUCAUAGCAGGAAAUGUAUUACAAAAAGCAAAACACACGACUGUGUCACUAGAGAACGCAAACGUGAGCAAGGAAUAUCAGAAACUGAAAAAACUAGACUUUCCAGUAGUAUCAGUUUCCCGGGUGAUGACCUUCGCAGAAGGAACGAUCCACAAUCAGCAUAUAGGAGACAUAUUAUCGACUAUCGGAAUUUCGUGCCUCAGAUGCCUUUUGUCCCAUCAGUGGCCAAAUCCUUACCAAGAAAAAGGAUUUCUUUAAAGAGAUCUAAAAGAGGUUUAAAGGAUAUAUUCAGUCUAAAGAAAAAUAAACAGCAAGAUGUCAUAUCAAUAGCAGAACAUGUGAGGUUAGGACCACAGGUAUUUGAAAUGAAGGAAGGAAAAAGCGUAACAAAACAGCAUUUAAAAAAGUCAGAAGAGAUGGAUUCUGAUGAAUUGUUGACUCAUGAGUUAUCAGACAAUGAUAUGCAUGUUGACACAAUUGGGACUUGCAAUGUGUUAUGUGAAGACGUGGCUUCAUUGAAAAGCUUUGAUUCUUUUACUGGCUGUGGGGAAAUAUUUGCAGAUGAAAGCUCAGCUUACAUUGAUAUGGAGAAAGGUAAGGAUGGACCAAGAGUAAUGUUUAUCGCCAAAGCAUGUCCUCUAGCCAGUAAUUUUCAAGGAGGGGUAGAACGAUUAGCUUCACCGGCUAAAUCAGAAAAAAUAGACUUUUCUCUACUUUGUGGACGUGCAGGCUCUUCUACAAAAAGCGUACGUCCAAAUUCCCUUAUUGAUAAUAAAUUACUGACAGCUUCAAAUGAUGUACUAACAAAGGAAAGUCCAACUGUAUCUAGAGAUCAGCUUUCUAACUCUACUUAUAAUGACCUAGUGUCUUCUAGUGAGUAUGUUACUGAUGCUGGAUCCCCUGUUUCUACAAGCGAUGAAGGGUAUUAUGAUUCCUUUUCUCCUGGAACUGACGACGACAAAAAUGUUGUCGAUACACCUAGAUCACUUCCAAGAGAUAGUUACAGUGGUGAUGCACUUUAUGAGUUAUUUCAUGAAUCAGAAGAAACAAAACUAAGCCCUGGUACAGAUUGUGUGGUGUCCUCAUUAUCAAAUCAUACUGAUAACCCUACAUCAGUCUACAGUUUUUUUGUAGGAUCUGAAGAAAAUAUGGCUUCUCAACCAGACAAAGAUCUAGUUGGAGACAGUAUUUUACAAAGCACGUGGAAAGGGAAAGAAUGUUUUUUAAAACUGUGUGACACCGAGCUGUCUUUAACAAUGGGAUUGGUAAAUUGGUUAAAGAAAACAGGCAAAGUUAUUGAAAUCCAAGAAACAAGCCUCAAUAAUUAUUGUAAUCAAACAGAAAAGCAAGAAGAUAUCAAAUCACCCUUAACAAUUUCAAGUGACUCAAUUCAUGAAAGCAACGAAAAGAAAAUAUCAAUGCAGUGGCAAACCUAUGAAGAAAGAUGUUCUGGCAAACCUUAUCUAGCUAAUGAUUCUGAGCAUCCUAAAACAGAUAAUUUUUCUACUUCACAACAAGAGGAACCAUCAAAAUGUAUACUUCAGUGUCCUCCCCAACCUAUGUCUGAGUUACUUUCAAACGACCAGAUCUCAUUUUUAAAAAAUGUAACCAAUAGCGGGAAACAUAGAAUGGACUUAAGCAAUCCAUAUUUAUUAAGGUUAGCUAACAUUAAUUCUUUGCCUCUAUUAAGCAAUAUGGAUGUAUUAUCCUGUUUUAAACAUGAAAAACUUAACAGUUUACAUUGUCACGACUUACAGUAUCUAAAAGAGUGUUUAUCUCCAUUACUGUGGGCAAGUGAUAAAAAUGUGAACCAAAUGAUGGAGAAUUGUGCUACUCAGGUUGCGUCAAUGCAUAUAAACCACAGAGACAAAAACAUGGAGCAGGAAAACAAUGUACAUGUUGAAAAAACAAGAGAACUGCACAACAUACCCCAUGGAGUAAAGAACCCAACCAAUAAUAAAGAUUGCAGAGAUCAGCAAACAGUUCCUCACCCAACAUUAUCCAUUACUUGUGAGCUUGGCAACAAACAUGUGGAAUUUGAUAACCUUGGGCGUACAACUGAGUCUGCUAAAAAAAUAAGUGAAAUAGUUGAGAGCAAAAACACAGAAUCUGAACAACUAUAUAAUAAAGAAUGUGCUAUUAAAAAAGAUGUUAGACCAUCACUUGCAGAGGGAUCCAAACCUCAGUGGUUUAAUACCCGGACUAAUUUCCUACCCCUGUUUGGUUCUCGGUGUUCUUCUGUGAUUUCAGACUGUCCUUCAACUUUGUACAAGGUCUGCAAUACAGGAGAGACUGUAAUAUUCCUAAACACAAAGAAGUGUGAUGAACCAUUUUGUAGUACUGAAAAUAUAACCCAGGGUUCCAAUGUCACAUUCCAUGUCGAAUCCUCUAGAAACACAGCGACGACGUUUCAAACAGUCACAGCUGCACGCAAUGGUUUUACAAAUAGCAAAGAAGAAGUGAAAUAAGAAAGAAAAAAAUAAUGCAAGCGAUAUUAUGAUGUUGAAUGAUCAUUGAACACAAAACUGUAAAUAGUCUUCAAGUCUCAUUUAUAAUUCCCAAUUACAUGCAUAGGAAAUAGAUAUACAGUGUCACUGCAAUGAUGACCAGUCAGGGUGAGAUUACCUAUAAGGCAGUCUUAGGCAGGUGUCUAGGGCUUUCAGCAAUGUUGUGGACCCAGCCUUACACAGUCCCAAUGUAACAGAUUAUAGACAAGUUUGGACCCCCUGCUGUGAUGUGAUAGUGAUUUGUGAGAGAUUUUAGCUAGCUUUGAGUGUGAGCUGUUAGCAUGUUGUGUGUGAUUGGAUGUUUUAGAAUUUUGUGUGUUUACAAUCCCUUAAACCUUUCUGUGUGUGUGAUUGUGUCUCUGACCCCUAAACCCUGUGUAUUUGUGAUCCUUUGGUCCUAUGAUCCCCAAUUCUUGUGACCACUAAAUCCUCUGUGUAUGUGAUGUCAACACUACAAAUAUUUCACCAGGUGUGUCAA